UUGUUUUGGAGUAGUAUUGAAAAACAACAUGGCGGCGUCCUUUAGAAGUCUUGCCUUACGGGGACUUUCUAAUAAUAUGACGUUCAGCAAAUUUACAGUAGCCAGAACUUAUGCCAAGAAAGUUGUUGGCAAAGUUGGAGCCCCAGGAGCACAGAAAGCUCGCCUUGAAGUGGAAAAUGACCCAGAGAAACUUCUAAACUACUGCUGCGGGGCCAACAUUUAUGCAGAGGGAACAGACCCUGAAAUAAAACCAAAUUCAGAGUACCCAGAUUGGCUGUGGAAUUUGCGGACGGAGCCAGGUGGUGUUGAUCUCAGUGAACUAGACAAUAAUUCCAAAUAUUACUGGAGGCGACUACAGAGGUUGACUGCAGUCAGGAACAGGAGGAUUGGGAAAAGACUACAAAAACUCAAUGACAUACAGUUUCCAGAGAGCAAGUGAUAUUCAACUUGUGAUGCUAUCUAGUAGUUAAUGUGGUUUUUACAUAAUUAAGAUGUUUGUAGAACUGUCGCAGAAAAAAAAUAUACACUGUAUUGCAUUGUUAUUGUGGAUCAAAUGUGUCCUCCCAUCUAAUUCAUGUCGCAUUUCAUUAAAUGCUGUGAUCACUA